UGUUCCAGGGCACUAGUUGGCAGGACGUGAUUGGAGAGUUGAAGUUGUUGGAUGUAGUUUCGUUUGCAUACAGUUCUAGUAAUGUUUUACAAAACAUUAUAUGUAGGAAUAUGUGCAAUAGGUUUGGCGUGGGUAUACAAUACCUGGUAUACAGCAAAGGAUGUAGAUCAAGAGCAAAUAGAAGAAGACAUCAUCAAUGCAUGGAAAAAACACGUUGUUUCACCACCGGUGACAUUUCAGCGAUUACACGUCGGAAUUAAUUCCAAUGUCGACCUGAUUGUACCAGGUGUGGGUCUUCUAAAAGCUCUUCGAGUGCCCUCAGGAAGGAGAGAAAACAAAGAUGUUUUAAAAAAUCUUGAUGACCUUCAAGACACCUUUGCACAUUUCUUUGCCAAAGGAUCAGCUGCAGAAAGAGCUUUCCUGGAUAAAGACAUAUUUCAAAAGAUCGUUUCUACUGGAAAUACACUGGAAAAUGCUCAGUAUUAUAUUGGAGGCAAUGCAGCACUUAUGGCAAGUAAAAUAUCAGAACAGUUUCCAGAAGUGAAGAUAAAUUUUAUUGGACCAGUUGGACCAAAGCUAUUAGAGAUGCUGCCAAAAUCUUUGAACAUUCCAACAGCCAGCCACAUUUCCACAGAUGAAGUACAUUUGAUAAUGGAGUAUGGUGUUGGUGAGACCUGGGGAGAUGUACAGAGCCCAGUCGCCAAUCGCUUCAUUACAAGCUACGACGAAUCUAACUCACAAGCAACAAUGCUGGAAACCUACUUUGAAUCUCUUGACACCUCUAAAACAGAUCUCGUACUUAUAUCGGGACUUCACAUCUUAGAAGGACAAUCAAAAGAUUUCUUCAUUAGAAGAAUUCAGGUGGUCUGUGAUGGUUUAAAUAAGAUUCCAAAAUCAUUGCCAGUACAUUUAGAACUGGCAAGUAUGGCGAAUGAAGAUUUUGUAAAGCCGAUACUCACAAAGGUUAUUUCAAAAGUUUCGUCCCUCGGGUUAAAUGAACAGGAACUUGCAUUUGCCUCCCUGGCUGGGAACGGCCCUCAUAGCUCAGAUUUCCACCAUCAGGCUGGUCCUCCAGAGAUCUACAAGGCUAGCGACAUGGUUAUGUGGUUGCUUCAACAAUAUGGUCAGUCUUCUCGUAACCCAGAAUCAAGACUGACCAGAGUCCACUUUCACUGUCUUGCAUACCAUAUCAUUGGAAAUGUUAAAGGAGCGUGGACAAACUCUGCUGCAGCUGUGGCUGCCGGGUCAAGAAUGGCAGGAAAACAAGCAUGUGAUGUUCAGCAGCUUAAUUCUUCCAUUGUAGAUUUAAAAAUUCCAAAAAAAUUUAAAGCAUUUUCUGAUGAUAUUGAUAGAGAGUUUGAUCCAAAAAAACCUGUUAUAUCAUGGGAGACUGAUGGAUUUGAAUUUUCACUUAGUCCCGUAUUGGUAUGCAAAGAUCCACAAAAAACUGUUGGUUUAGGUGACUCGAUCUCGGCUACAGGUCUCAUGUUUUCAGAAUACAUGUAUGCAUCCAAAUAAUACAUUUCUUUUAAUUGUUCACAGAUGAAGCCCUUAUACAAGUUAGUGCUACAAAUCUUUAAUAUUUGAUACCUUGUGAUACUUGUAAAGUUGCUUAUGUAUUUUGGUACUAAUUUUGUUAUUUUUUCAAUAAUCAAUUUUAUGGUCCCCAAUUCCGUCUUUGCGUUUUUGCAGAGUUAUC